AUGUCAGAUAAAGAAGCCUUGAAGAUCUUUUCAAGACAACCGGUCUCGUUGGAUAUGAUCAACUUUUUGGUUGCUACAACAAACUCCAUAAUCCAAGUAAGACAACCAGCAUCACAAAAAACCAAGUGCUUUGGCUCUUCCUCAAUCAUUACAAAAAACCCCACAAUAUCACUCGCCAAUUUCAUCAAGACCCUCAUAAACUAUUCUAACGUGCAGACACCCACACUAAUGGCAACCUUGGUAUACCUCAACAAAUUGAGAAACUACUUGCCAGCCAACGCCAUUGGUAUGGAAACUACUAGACACCGUAUUUUCCUCUCAGCAUUGAUUGUUGCAGCAAAGAGUCUCAAUGAUAGCUCACCCUUGAACAAGCACUGGACAAAAUAUACAGACGGCUUAUUAUCCAUCGAAGAAGUAAACCUCGCGGAAAGAGAGUUGAUUAGCAUACUAAACUGGGAUAUCAAUAUCAAAGAACACGAAUUGAUUAUAACAUUGCAACCAUUCCUCAGCGGAAUCAAGAAACACUUGGUCCAAAAGCAAGAAUGGGAAUCACUCCAAAGACUCAAUUUUUAUCGUCUUCAACAACAGCAGCAACAAAGUACAUUAUCAAGCUCACCAUAUCUCUCUCCACCAGUGCAUCCAAACAGAUCAAGAAAAUUACAUGUUUCACCCUCAGCCUCAGUUGCUCUGCUGUUGAACUCGUCACCCUCAUAUUACUCUCUCCACAAUUCAUCUACUUCUACAUCUUCAAAAUCAAUGUCGUCAAACUCAAUUAACCUGAAUUUAUCAAUGAGCAAUUCAGUGUCGACAAAUUCAAUCCAAAGUAUAGAAUACCAACACCAACAGUACAAUGAUGCACACUUACAAGUUAAAAAACCUUCUAGAAUCCCCUUGUCGAGCAGAUCGCUAAAUAACUUGAACCAAGAACCAUUACUACAAAACAAACAAUACGUUGCUGCUCCACCAGUAAUAAAGAAAAAAAGAUCAAUGAUGAGUUUAUUAUCUUCAUUAUCGUGA